GAUUAAUUAUGUUGCAUGUGCUCACUGCAUGGUAGUUACCUGUACACUCUACACACUCCGCUAGCGAUGGCUUUAGAAGCUAAAGUUAAGGAAAUAUUAAAAACGUCUGUGUUUGAAAGGACAGGUAAAAGUGGAGGAGGAUGCAUCAAUGAAGGAGAAGGAUACAGAACUGAUACUGGUGAAGUGUUUCUUAAAAGAAAUUCAAAACCUGAGGCUAGGUUGAUGUUUGAUGGAGAGUUAGCCAGUCUUAAAGCUAUUUUGGCAACUAGAACUGUGAAAGUUCCUGAUCCAAUUGUGGUUGUAGAUAAUCCUAAAGGAGGCGCUGUGCUAGUUAUGGAAUAUGUAAAUAUGAAAUCAUUGUCGAAGUAUUCUGCACAAUUAGGAGAACAAUUAGGCAAACUUCACAAACAUAACAAAACAUUAAAAGAUAAAGAAGCUCUACAAAGUAAAAGUAUUCAUAAAGGUAAUGAAGAAGAAGAAGAAGAAGUGCGAUUUAUUAAUCAAUUUGGCUUUCAUACUACAACUUGCUGUGGCUAUAUAGCUCAAGAUAAUACUUGGAAGGAUGACUGGGUGGAAUUUUAUGCUCGCCAACGACUGAAUCAUCAAAUACAAUUGAUAGAAAAAGACUAUGGUGAUCGUGAGACAAUUCAACUAUGGUCUGAACUACAGCUAAAACUACCAAAAUUUUUUAAAGAUAUUGAAAUAGUUCCUUCAUUAUUGCAUGGAGAUUUGUGGGGUGGUAAUGUAGGAGAAACUGACAAUGAACCAAUUAUAUUUGAUCCAGCAACUUUUUAUGGCCAUUCAGAAUUUGAAUUGGCAAUUGCCAAAAUGUUUGGAGGUUUUAAUUCCUCGUUCUUUAGUGCCUAUCAUAAAGAAUUACCAAAACAACAGGGAUUUGAUACAAGAUUAAAAUUAUAUCAGCUCUUCCAUUACUUAAACCAUUGGAAUCAUUUUGGUAGUGGUUAUCGUGGGAGUUCUACUUCUAUCAUGAAAACUAUGGUAAAGAUGUAAAAUCUGAAGUAACUAUCUGAUUUAUACACAAAUUAUUAUGUAAUUUUGUUUUAAUAAAAUAUUUUUGUUAAGUUUUAUAAAUAGAUAAUUGUUAAAAUAAAUGUUAGUAUGUUAUUGAAUUUACAUGAUUUGAAUUUUUCUGUUCUCAAUUCAAGUAUUUCAGUUAAAGAGAAACAAUCAUUCUGAAUAUUUGAAUAUAUAAUCUCAGUUUAAAGAGAGAAUUUUUAUUGAUUUCUCAUAUAUACAAUUUGUCA